AAGCACACAUAUUUUGGACGCCAUGUGCAGCUCAUUGUAUAGAUCUUAUGUUAGAAGACAUAGGGAAGAUUCCUAUCAUCAAGAAGACCCUCCAAAAAGCAAUUGCCCUUGUCGGUUUCAUUUAUAGACACUCAGGAGUCUUAAAUAUGAUGAGAGAUUUCACUAAGAAUAAAGAGUUGGUGAAAUGUGGGAUUACUCUAUUUGCAACGAGUUUUCUGACUUUGCAACGGUUGCAUUGUCAAAAAACAAAUCUGCGAGCAAUGUUUACAUCUGACAAAUGGGUGAUUAGUAGGUGGGCUAAGUUACCAAGGGGGGAAAGUGCAACACAUACUGUCUUGACGGCAACAUUCUAGAGUCAGGUUUCUAAUAUUUUGAAGAUAAUGGGGCCUCUUGUUAAAGUGUUGCAAUUAGCUGAUAAUGAGAAAAAACCUGCCAUGGGGUACAUUUAUGAAGCCAUGGAUAGAGCUAAGGAGGCUAUUGCAAAGGCAUUUGAAGGGAAUACUGCAAAAUAUAAAGAUAUCUUUAAGAUUAUUGAUGAAAGAUGGCAAUGCCAAUUGCAUUAUCCAUUACAUGCUGCUGGACAUUAUUUAAAUCCAGAGUUCUUUCAAAAUCCAGCUAUUGAGAAUUGUCAAGAAGUAACAGAUGGGCUGUAUCCUUGUAUUGAAAAAUUGGUUCCAAGUACUGAAGUACAAGACAAGAUCAUAUCAGAGAUAUCAUUGUACACAAGAGCUGAACAACAAUUUGGCCUUCCUAUUGCAAAAAGAGCUAGAACGAAAAGAUCUCCUGUUGAAUGGAAUUUAUAUGGUAAUUCAGCUCCCAAUCUCCAAAAAUUAGCCAUUAGAAUUUUGGGUUUAACGGCUAGUUCUGCUGGAUGUGAGCGUAACUAGAGUGUGUUUGAGCAUAUCCAUACCAAAAAAAGAAACAGAUUGGAGCAUCAAAGAUUGAAUGAUCUAGUGUUUGUUAAGUAUAAUCGUGCUUUAAAAGCUCGUUAUGACUUGCGGAGUGUCAUUGAUCCAAUCUCGUUGGAUAACAUUGAUCAUAGUAAUGAAUGGUUGGUUGGGAAGA